AUGACGGAGCCCGACAAGCGAUCGCAUUUCCCCUCGCACGCUGAGCGUCGAGUAUGGCUGAUUUCGUCUGGCGAUAGCCCAAUUGGCUUGUAUCUGGCUCGGCAGCUGCUUGCGCAUGGAGACUGCGUUGUCAGUGGGCUGGUCCCGUCCGAUCUUCUGCGCGACGAAAGGCGGCGCGAUUAUUUCCAUGACUUUCUGGCCGAAGUCGAAAGCAACCAUGAGAGCAACAACUGGAAAGACCGGUUUCGCCCGGUGAUGCUAGAUAUAAGAAAGACGAGCGAGUGCCAAGCGGCGGUAGCUGAAGCUAUAGAAGCCUUUGGCAGGCUUGACAUUCUCCUCUGCUGCACGAGCCAGGCCAUUGUCGGCACUGUUGAGGAACUGGCCGCAUCAGAGAGGGCACUGGGCCUUGUGCGCGAUCAAUUUGAGACAAAUUAUUUCGGUCCUGUAAACCUCAUCAAAUCGGCAUUGCCAGCGAUGCGCAAACAUGGAGCAGGGCAUAUACUGGUGCUAUCUGGAAUCACGGCACAUAUUGGAACGCCCGGCCUAGGAGUAUACUGUGCAUCAGAAUGGGCGUUGGAGGGUUUUUGCGAUAGCAUAGCUUAUGAAAUAGCACCUUCCAACAUCAAAGUGACCAUCCUCCAAUGCAGCAUGGAAAUCCGGAUCCUCACAAACCUCAUCAGCAGCGUGCCUCCAAUCCUACCAACCUACUCAUCGUCCCAAAAUAACGCCCCUCUCUUCCGCAAUAUACUGGACGGGCUUAUAUCUCGUCUCCCUCAAUCUGACAUAGCUGCUGCAAGCCCGGUGGCGCAUCACGAAUCCUCUACUAUGGCUUCUGAGGCGGAUCACCAGGGCCCCUUUUCCGCACCAGAAGUCGUCUCUAUGUACCCACCGCUCAGCGCUGCGCAUCUUGAAGCUCUUACAUUGGAGACAGUGCACACGAUCACCGCAGUCGGAGGUCAUGAGAACCCACCAUCGAGACAUAUUAUUGGCGCAGAAGGGGUCGCUGCUGUCAAAGAGAAACUGAAAACCGUGAGUGAGGAGCUCGAAGACUUUGUACAAUCUAGUUAUUCGGUGAAUAUAGCUGGUAGUAAUGAGGAACUUCAUGAGGAGGGGAUUUAG